GUGAGUAGAGAGAGAGUGUUUAGCGUAGCCGCCGCGCCAGCGCAGAGAGGCACGGAGACACAACGAGAGCAUCAGGCCACUUCAUCUGGAAAAAAAACUUCUUAACCAGGGACACAAAUCGGAGGUCAUAUUGCUUUAUUCUGCACGGAAAUAAAAUGAAAGGGUUACCUGGCUGUAUUUUGGAUUUGGAGUCUUGCAUUAGUACAUUGCUGCGACUUUGACACAAGAGUUGCACAAACAGAGUCUGAAGUUGGAGGAAUUUCAGGAACCCUCAAUCAAAGUUGAGUUGGACCUCCAGGAACCGGUUUAGGGAGUAAACUAAACUGCCUUACUUACAGCUUUCACAGGAAAAGAAUACGCCAAAAGCACCACUUCCACCAUGGAUGAUGAACAGUGUUACUACAAUGAGACCAUCGCCUUCUUCUACAACCGCAGUGGCAAGUACCUUGCAUCUGACUGGAACACCGUCAGCAGACUGGUGAUGGGUUUGGGAAUCACCGUGUGCAUCUUCAUCAUGCUUGCGAACCUUCUCGUGAUGAUCGCCAUCUAUGUCAACAGGAGGUUUCACUUCCCCAUAUACUACCUGAUGGCAAACCUGGCAGCUGCUGACUUCUUUGCUGGACUUGCAUACUUCUACUUGAUGUUCAACACGGGACCAAACACGAGGCGUCUUACUGUUUCCACAUGGCUGCUGCGCCAAGGCUUGAUCGAUACCAGCCUCACAGCGUCCGUGGCCAACCUGCUAGCCAUCGCCAUAGAGCGCCAUAUCACCGUGUUUCGCAUGCAGUUACACACACGCAUGAGUAACCGACGUGUAGUGGUGGUGAUUGUCAUAAUCUGGACCAUGUCCAUAGUUAUGGGGGCAAUCCCCAGUGUGGGCUGGAACUGUAUCUGUAGCAUUAGCUACUGCUCCAACAUGGCCCCACUUUACAGCAACUCAUACCUGGUUUUCUGGGCAGUGUUUAACCUAGUGACAUUUGUUGUCAUGGUGACGCUUUAUGCCCACAUCUUUGUCUAUGUGCGCCAGAGGACCAUGAGGAUGUCACGGCAUAGCUCUGGACCACGACGCAACCGUGACACCAUGAUGUCCCUGCUGAAAACCGUUGUGAUUGUCUUGGGUGCCUUCAUCAUCUGCUGGACCCCUGGCCUGGUCAUCCUCCUGCUCGACGUCUUCUGUGCCAACUGCAACGUCCUCACCUACGAGAAGUUCUUCCUGCUUCUCGCUGAGUUCAACUCGGCCAUGAACCCCAUCAUCUACUCCUACCGAGACAAGGAGAUGAGCGCCACCUUCAGGCAGAUCCUGUGCUGUCAGCGGCAGGAGAACACCAAUGGGACGGUGGUGGAGGGAUCUGACCGGUCGGCGUCAUCCGUCAACCACACAGUGCUGAGCGGUGGAACUCACCACCAUCACCACCAUAACAACGAACACUCGGUGGUAUAAAGGUGGUUCUGAAACCACAGAGAUUAACAGCAUAAAGGGUUAAUCUCUUAUGGAGAUAGCGACUGUAAGACGGUUUAUGGCAGCAUGGGAAGGUCAAGAAGGACUGCUAACAUGAUAUGAACUGUGGACAGUAAGGGGUUAAAUUCAAGAAUGAAGAUGAAGUAUGUGGAGUAGAGUUGAUGUUAAACGGGAUGACAUCACAAUGAAGGAGAAGAUGGCUUCUUUAAUGAAAGCUGACAAGACUUUAUCGUGAUUGGGGAAGAGCAGAAGAUGAGUGUGAUCUUUGAGGACACCAUUAGGCUGUUAGUAUUUUUGUUCAGUUGUUGUUAUUCUUUUCCAUGUGUUUGAAACUUUGAUGUUUAUGAACUAUUUAAAGUAAUCUGUGAAGUGAAGGUAAUGCCAGUAUAACACAUCCUCUUUUUCCCCAGCCUUCUUCAACUUUGCGUCCUUUUGUUAAGGGUUUUGGACACUUAGAUAACCAGUUUCCUAUGACAUCAUGAGUAUUUGUUCUGCGGACAACACUUCCAUAAGUGUUCACAUAACACCCAUUUCAGGAAUCGUUUGCAUUAGUCUCAACCUUUUGCCUCGAUUUGACCCAGGUUAAGAGCAUUGUACUUUCUUUUUGUUCAUGUGUUCUGUGGAAAGAUCUUAAAUCUGUGGAAAAUCAGACCAACACCUGCCUGUAACUUAAAAGGAACGAUACCAUUUUGUUUUUACUAAUCAAAUAACCUUGUGGACUCUAAAGGUUGUUCUUAUUCUUGCUCUGAUCUUAUUCCAGGGUUAAAAGAACGCAAGUAAAGAAAAUCUAAGACUUUCUACCAAUACUGACAUGUUGGGCAUGUUUAGAGAUUUCCAAAGCAUAAUGCAUCACAGUUGUACCUGUUAUGUUUGAGUAACCAGAGCCACUAUUUAUUUCUGCAGUAGCUUCAUUCAUCUUUUAAUAACUCUAACUUAAACGUAUCCUAUUAACUGACUAAAAGCGUUCAUGAAUGCAUCCCAAAUGCGUUCCCUCCAUUCAACUUAAAGAUAUGAAGGGUCCAAGAUCAGCAGGAAUCCUGUUUAUUCUCUGGUAGGAAUUGGAGACAGGUCGUUCCAGGGAUCUUACCGAAGAAGGGAGGAUAAUGUUUGCAGUUUCAGAACAGACUCUGUGCCUCGGUGUUAUGUGGAGACAAGAUGAAGGUCAUAUGUGGGACGCAAUAACAGAGCUCAGAUCAUGAAAUGUGCUGAGCUGUCCACUUCUGGUGGAUAAAGUCUGUGUUUAUGAGACUGUCUGAGGGGAAAGAGGUGUUGCUGCUCUCUGAUAGCACCAGUAGACUAUCUGAAGCUGGACGUCAGUAAGUUAUGUCAAAAAGUGUGAUCAUAACAUCAUGAGAGGAGAUAUAAUGCAGCAUUUGGCCAUGAAAUGAAGAAACAAUUGAUUUUAAUGAAUGUCUGCCAGGAUUUGUAGUUUACCAACCACAAUUAUACAGCAGCUAACUAUAAUUAGGGCAACCAGCUUUCCGGAACUGAAGACAUUGAUGUGGGGAUGUUAAAUUAUGACCAGACCUAUAGUGGGAAGAUCAAGUGAAUGAACUAGAAUGAUACUUCCAACAAGUCCAUUUUGUAAUAAAGCUACCUUACAAGAGUAGGAGUCUUCAGCCAAACAAGCAGCUGCACUAAGGCAAUGCAGUGCUUUGAACUUAACAGUAGCAUGAGCUUUGAAGACCUUGAGAUUUAAAGGUGACAAUUACUACAGUAUAUUAAUUAAACUAACUUAAGCUUGCAGAAUAGCACUAAACAAAAAGUGAAGCUGAGGUUGGUAUAAAUGUUUAAAAUGUUGUUUUUUGUAGCUGGUCAUGAGACACAGGAAAAAUCUACAACCUGAUGGUUGCAGUCAGCGGAGAUCACCACAAUACUCUUCAUUCUGGGGGGGGGGGGCUGAAUGGCUCUACCAAAUUUCAGUGCAGUUUAUCCAACAGUUAUAAACAGUAAAUUAACUAAAAGACCAUCAUCCAAAGAGCAGCGCUGACAAUGUUGUCGGUAAUUAUGCAAUUUGCAACUGAUCAGUGAUGCAAAAUCAUGUCAGAGUUCAGCAACACAAAAACAUGGCUUAGAUUUUACGGCCAAAUCUACUAAUUCCAUUGCAUUCCUUUGACUUUUUACAAAUUUCCAUCGGAUCAAAAGCUACCAAUCCCUGCAAUACUUAGUCCACAAUCUGUUGCUCUUUUGCCCUUCUUACUAUAUCCCACUCAGCCCAUGAGCUCCUUAUCAGCUUGGUCUCUCAUACAUAAUUGUGAAAAUAAAUCUCCAAAUUGUUAACUCCUUCAUGGCAUAUUCCCUGUUAACUAGAAGCUGAACGACAAGUACACAUGUAUUGCUUUGUCAGUGUUAUUGGUGAUAUGAAGUAGAGCUAUCCAUCUAAAAUAUAACGUGUUUUAUUGUGUUGCCAUACUGGAUGGAUAAGGUUAUGAUAAAGUUUAUGUGAAUUCAUACUUGCAAAUGUUGCAUAUAAGGAUGGACACAAAUUAUUACCAUUCAAUGUGUUUCUCCAUUGAUGACUAAUGGAGCCUGUUUCUUAUUUGCACUGUUGCAUGUGUACAAUACUCCAGAGCAGAGAAGUUUGUCUCAUUUAUUGAGGAAGUUGACACUUCAAUGGACAAAAUGUCAUGAAAUCUCAGGCAUGUCCAGGUGAGUAGGCAGUCUUCUUUGGACUUGAAAUUUUUAGGUAGAGUCUUUCUAUUAACAACUUGUGCUGUCUUUUUUAAAUUAGAAGCUGCAAAGUUGGAUUCCCCUUAAUAUAAAGUUAAGUUGAAUGUCUCACAGUUACGGUUUAGAUACUCAACUCCAAAUGUCUUAUUUAGAAGGACAUUCCAACAUCAUUUCAGGUGUAUUAGGUUGGCAUGGAUUACGAUUUGGACUCUAUAUUUGUCCUGUGAAAAAUAUGAUUGCAGGCAUAAACAUUUUUAAUGACAAUUUAAAAAUGAAUGGAAUAUUUGCCAUACCACAUCUUAAAGCGUUUUUGCUUUUUAACCUUCAUAUAAAGGUGUACUGACAACAAUGACAUUUUACACUUUAUUAUUUGAACAGUAAUAGUCUAGUAGCCUCCAUGAUGUUCUCCGGAAUUAACAAUCCGAGAAGUGCGAUAGAUAAACCAAUGCAGGGUUAAACAAGUGCUCUUACUAAUUGCUGCGACUUACACUCUACAUUUCCAGCUGACGGUCAGCAUGCUGAUGCAAUGACGUGCGUUGUUGAAAUAAAAAAAUUGCCAGCGGAACGUCCAAAUGUGAAUCAAAACACUUUUGGGCCGAAAAACCUUGACAAAGUUUCCAACAGCUGACAGAAAAGAGGGAAUCACAGCCAAAAAAAAACAUUCCAAGUAUCAGGAUGUUUGUCAGAAAGCUGCAGUAAGACGUGAAAUCAGCUGGUAUUUAUUACAUGUUGAAAUUAACAAACGUCUGACCUAUUAAUGAGGCAACAUUGGUACCUUUAUUGAGUAAACGAUUACAGUGUAUGUGUAUUUAUUCUACCAGAGCUCUUUAGAGUGAGGAGUGAUUCUCCAAUGUUUUUGGCCUAUAUUCUCCUGGAUGUGCCUUUAAACUAUAUCAAGGAAGCAAAUUGAGAAAACUCAAUAUUCCAAAGAUGCAGUUUUGCCUUUGGAGUUUGUCCAUCUGUCACUGAUGUUAAUGUUUCACAAGAGGCCUCACAAGAAUACUGACACAAGCAGUGCAACUAAUAUUGCCCAACCUUUGCUAUGGACUCAACCCUCCAUAUUUAGAUAUUCACUGUGAGUGUUUUUCUAACAAAAUACUCAUUCAGGUAUUACAGCAAACCAACCUAACUAUCUGUCUUUAAGUGUCUUUGUUUACCAGUUUGUCACUACAACAUUGUGAGUAUGUGUGUACAGUAUGUAUGUAUAUAAAAUAUAUUAUUCAAAGUUAAUCACCAAAGGGAAAGUGUUUGUAAAUUUAACUGUUAUACUCUGUCGCAAUGUACUGUAGGAUGUUGUUGAUGUUUUCCAUGUCAUGAGCUCUUUUUUUUUAUUUUGACCCUAAUUAACAAACUUCCUCUGGACACUAUAACAGUUAUUUACAUGUUUGUGACCCAGAACUAGUUAUCCAUGUGUGCAGUGCCUUGCAGUGCUCUUCCUAAAGGAGCAACUUUACACCAGGCUGAACAAAGGUUUUUUUUUUGGCCCUCUUUGGUCGAGUAAUCCCGAGCCUCUUUCACCUCAGCAACACUGAUGGGUGUGCCUUGUUAAAUUGGUAACCAUUCCCAACAGUGAUGUCACUGCCGAUGUCAGGGGACUCUGGAUUACACCGUAACAUCACUGCAGCUAGGUGAGAAGUUUAACCACUAGAGGUCAGCUAAAGCAAGAUUUUCAGGUGGUUUUUCAGUUGCUCAAAGUGUGUGUGUUGCUAACACCGUCGUUUUGCAUUUUCCUUCAAAUAGAACAUAAAAAUGUUCACAGUGUCACAGUGUGUCCUAACAGCAUGCAACAUGAGCACGAUUUUGUCCUUUCCUACUGGAGUGUCCUAACAGCCCACAAGCAAUGUAUCAGUUUUUACCCCAAUGCCCUGUUUCUAUUUUUCUUUCUGUCGCACAUGUACAAAUGGAUAAAGAAUGAGGCACGAGGGAGCUCGACAAGAGGCUGGGUGUGUUUUCUUUCACUUUCCUCACCCACUUGGUGAGAUGGUAGUAGAUGACUUGUAGGCAUCACUUUUUUUUGGCUCAUCACUGUUAAAGGCCCGGCAAUACAAAGCAAUACAUUUCAGUUUCUCCACACUCAUAAUAAACGCACUGACUCUGAUACUUUUAACAAUCUGAAAUUCACAGAGCAGAGAAGUAAAUAUCUAAUGGACAGCAUACGAUGUCUGAUGCUUGUGUUCUGUUAGGACACACUGUAAGAGCAAUAUAUUACAGUAUUAAACGGUUCUUCAACAGCAUGACUUUUAGUUUUAAUAUAAAGAUACUCAACACAGCCUCCAAACAUGUUAACACUUCAUAAUGAUUCACGAUGUUUACACAAGAAGGGUCAAUGACUGAUCUUCCAAACAUCCCGGUCUGAUAUUUUUUCUUCCAAAGCGAAACAAAGCUUUCAAAUGUUUUUGAAAUAUUUUCCAAGCUUGAGAUAGAAAAUGAAAAUUCUAUACAAGUUGUUGUUUGUAAGAAGUGAUUGUGACACAAACAUAAAUGUGAGUAUCUUGUCUGUAAGGGCCAAUAUAAAUAAAUGUUCAUCAAAAUUCAAAGUGUUGAUAUCCAUGCAACAAUAAAAAAAGAGAACAGUCUGAA